AUGGGAUUUGAGAAAUUGAUAAUAAUAAUAAUUUUCUGCUUUUCUUUCUUUCUUUCUCUCUCUCGGAGAGACGAUAAAGAUUUAUCAGCAGCCGAUGCCGAGGGCGUUUGGAGCCCCGACAUUGAACAAAGUUUUCAAGAAGCCCUUGCCAUCUAUCCGCCUUGUGGAAGAAGGAAAAUUAUACUUUCGGACGAAGGGAAAAUGUACGGGAGAAACGAGUUGAUAGCAAGAUAUAUAAAAUUACGGACUGGAAAAACGAGAACAAGAAAACAAGUUAGUUCUCAUAUUCAAGUGUUAGCGAGAAGAAAAUUAAGGGAAAUACAAGCGAAACUCAAGGACCAUGCAGCCAAAGAAAAGGCAUUGCAGACCAUGUCCAGCAUGAGCUCCGCCCAGAUUGUUUUUGCGUCGGCCCUCCAUGGGAAAGCGGCCCUACCUGUCUCCUAUCCCGGGGCGUUCUGGCAGCCUGGACUACAACCUGGAACGUCACAAGAUGUGAAACCAUUCGCUCAGCCUCCUUACACGACCGGUAAACCUGCCACGACGGUCGGUGGUGCUGAUAUAACUCCUAGCGGUCUUCAAACUCCUGCCACGUUGCCGUGGGAAGGACGAGCCAUAGCUACCCAUAAAUUAAGGCUCGUAGAAUUUUCCGCCUUUAUGGAACAACAAAGAGAUCCAGACACUUAUCACAAGCAUCUAUUCGUACACAUAGGUGGUUCUACGACUUAUGCAGAUCCACUAUUAGAAGCAGUAGACGUUAGGCAAAUAUACGAUAAAUUCCCGGAGAAAAAAGGGGGUUUGAAAGAGCUUUACGAUAAGGGUCCGCAGAGUGCUUUUUUCCUCGUCAAAUUCUGGGCCGAUCUCAAUACAAACAUCCAGGACGAAACGGGAGCGUUCUACGGAGUCACGAGUCAGUACGAGAGUAAUGAAAACAUGACGAUAACGUGUUCAACGAAAGUUUGUUCGUUUGGUAAACAAGUUGUCGAAAAGGUCGAAACGGAAUAUGCAAGGUUCGAAAACGGUCGUUUCGUGUACAGAAUUCACAGAUCUCCCAUGUGCGAAUACAUGAUCAAUUUUAUACAUAAGUUAAAACACUUACCAGAGAAAUAUAUGAUGAACAGUGUCCUUGAAAAUUUCACCAUACUCCAGGUGGUUACGAAUAGAGAAAAUCAGGAAACUCUUUUAUGCACGGCUUACGUGUUUGAAGUUUCAACGUCCGAACACGGAGCUCAACAUCAUAUUUAUAGGCUAGUUAGAGACUAA